AUGAAAUUUAAAACAUUAUCAUCAGUAUCAUUGUAUUUAUUUUUAAUUAUAAUUUUAUUAUUUACUACCUUUAUCAGUGCCAAUACAUAUACCACAGUAUUUGAAAAUCCAAACCCAAAUCAAAAAUCUUCAAAAAUAGCGAGUUCACAAUUAAAAUGUCCAAAAAUGAAGGUUGAUUUUUGCUAUGGUGGUGUUAGUGAUCAAUGUAAAAUAGACUCUGAUUGUAAAAUUUAUGGAGAAAAUCAAAAAUGUUGUUUAAGAGUUGGAGUGAUUAUUUAA